AUCCGGACAGAGACAUUUGCGUUGAUGAGCAACUAGUCCCUUUCAAAGGCAGAUGCCGGUUCAGACAGUAUAUGCCCAAAAAGCCGGCCAAAUAUGGUCUCAAGAUCUGGGCAACAUGCGAUGUGAAAACCUCCUAUGCCUGGAGGCUGCAGGUAUACACAGGCAAAGAAACUGGGAGACCUGCUGAAACAAACCAGGGGAUGAGGGUGGUCCUGGAGAUGACGGAGGGGCUCCAGGGAAACACCGUCACAUGCGAUAACUUUUUCACCUCCUUCGGCCUGUCAGAGGAGCUGCUGAGGAGGAAACUGGCGUUGGUCGGCACCAUCCGACGGAACAAGCCUGAGCUCCCCCCCCAGCUGCUUCAGGCAAAGGCGAGGGAGGUAUUCUCCUCCAUGUUUGCCUUCACUAAAGAGCACACUCUGGUGUCGUACGUCCCCAGGCGGGGGAAGAAUGUGCUGCUCCUCAGCACCAAACACCGCGAUCCAGGAAUCAGCGACGACACCAAGAGAAAGCCCACCGUCAUACAGGACUAUAACAGGUGCAAAGGAGGUGUCGACAACCUUGAUAAGGUUGUUGGCACCUACUCCUGUAGAAGACGGACGAAUAGGUGGCCACUGGCCCUUUUUCACAACCUUCUCGACGUCUCACUCUACAACGCCUUCGUCCUGUGGACAUCAAUCAAUCCAUCCUGGAAGCAGCAGAAGGGCCACAGGAGGAGGCUCUUCAUCGAAGAGGUGGGAGACGCGUUGGUGACUCCACACGUAGAGAGGAGAGAGCGCCUUCCCCGCUCCUCAGCCGCUGCAGCACUCGUCGCAGGGGCAAGGAGUGCUGCUGCUGAGAGAGGAGGGGCCUGCGGGAGUGGCCUGGAGGAGGGGCCUGGAGGAGGCGCCUGCAGGAGGAUGUGCAGGAGAAUGUGCGAUUGCUGUCGGAAGAGAAAAGUUGGCAGCACCUGCUGCAAAUGUGGCAGGUUCAUAUGCAAGGCCCACAGCCUAAUCUUAUGCAGCCUCUGCUCUACUUGAGCUGGACACCACCUACAUAGUUCAUGUUCAUAUGUUCAUAUGUUCAUUUCAUCGAAAAUAAAUGUUUUUUCUGGUUCAAACUGAUCUUGUAUUUUUAAUGUUUUUUUUAGAACACAACAGAGUAAAAAGCAUUUAUUGGGGGAAAAAAUACUUAGUCAUAUCAAUAACUUUAAUCUGCCACUGCAAAAAAAAUAACAAUGCAUCAAAAUCAAUGUUGCUGCCAAUCAUUGACCCAUCUUAGGGCCUAAUAAUAAUAGUUAGCCAUUAGUCAUUGAAAUGUAUUUUCUGGAAAUUAUUUUAGUUUUUUUGUUUUUUUCAUAAAAAAACAGCAGAGUUAUGUAAACAUACUGGCAUUUAAAGGGUUAAAAACCAAAAAAAUAUAAUUAAUAUUUGAUAUGUAUAUUUCAGGCUGAAGUAGUUCUAAAAGACUGACGUGUUUAAAGUGGAAAAAAAUAUUAUUAUAUAUCAUUUUAUAGCAGUUUUUAGGAAGGAGCCACGUUUUGUCCUAUAGGAACACGAAUGGAUGGUUUUUGAAAAAUAUGACACUGCAAAAAAAAUAACAAUGCAUCAAAAUCAAUGUUGCUGCCAAUCAUUGACCCAUCUUAGGGCCUAAUAAUAAUAGUUAGCCAUUAGUCAUUGAAAUGUAUUUUAUGGAAAUUAUUUGUUUUUUUGUUUUUUUCAUAAAAACCAGCAUAGCUAUGUAAACAUACUGGCAUUUAAAGGGUUAAAAACCAAAAAAAUAUAAUUAAUAUUUGAUAUGUAUAUUUCAGGCUGAAGUAGUUCUAAAAGACUGACGUGUUUAAAGUGGAAAAAAAUAUUAUUAUAUAUUAUUUUUAUAGCAGUUUUUAGGAAGAAGCCACAU